UGAAAGAUGUCACUGGAUAAGGUUACAGGGGGCUGGAAUGAAAGGAUUUGGGAAAAGGGAGGACACCCAGAAGAAAGGAAAAAGUUUAUUGUUCCAGAGGACACAGAAAACAGAAACUGAGUCAAGCUGAAGACAUUAAAUACAUGUGGUUUUAAAGGCUUGGUCUUCUGAGGGCAGAGGUUUAGGAAGAGGGGAGGGCAGGUAGGGUAGACAGCAAGCUGAAGGUUUAGGGAAACACAGCAAAAGGCUGGAGAUCAGACCUCUUCCUCAUAGACCUUCCACAUAGAUUUUAUAUACUGACCUUCACAGAGUCUAGAUUUACUGGUUACUCAGAUAGAGUUUGGCUUAUAACAAUUUCUUGGAGAAAAGUGAGGUUCUAGCCCAACAGAACCUCCAGUGUUAAAAGCCAGGCAGCUAGGAUUCUGCCCUCUAGCUGGCUGUUAGUACAUUUCUCAGCCCUGGCUGGUCACUCAAAGGAGUCUGAAAUCCAGAGGUGGUAGGUGCAAGAGAGCUCCUAAGGUCUUCCUAGGUUUCCUUUAGAGGCACCAGAACUGGCCUGGGAAAGUGCUUUCUGCUUCAUCUAGCUAGCCUGGACCGGACAUAGUUUUUGUUUUUGUUUUUUUUUUUUUUUCUGGCCUUUACUAUAUAAGGCUUCUAAACAGGAGGAUGGAUGCAGAAGGUGAGGGCGUUGCUAGGCAGGGAUAGGUCAGAAGGAGCAGGGGUGAGGAGCCCAGCCAGCACAGACUGUGGUUGAGGCAGUGGAGCCCAAAAUAGAGAAGGAGGCUAAAAUUGGCACCCUGAGAGAGGGAGAGAAUGCUGGGUUGGGCUGGAAACCUGCAGCCCAACACCAUGCUGCCCCGCCGCUGAGAAGGCCAGGAGCCAGCGGCGGUAGGCCUCACCUCCUUCCCUCUUUACCACACACUUUGGGGACCAGAUUAGGCAGGGCCUUACAUUUUCUCCAAGCUUUGUCCCAGGGUGCUCUGGUUUUUACAGAGCAACGGGAGCAGACUGGAGAAAAUUUCCCCAGCGGCAGGAAACUCAGGUUGACUCAAAGGGUCCAGAGAGAUGAAAACCCACCCACACGCCUCAGCAAGCUCAAAAUUGCGACCAGGGCGAGGGGGGGAGGGUGUUGUUUUUAGUCUUCCGAGUCCGGUGUUUAAUUCAUACGGAAAGAACUGGUGUCAGGACACCAGGAAGGAUUUCCUCAGCUAGCCUCAGGAAAGGUGGAGCCUUCUCAGCUUCACGGCCAAAGAGGUGGGGCUGAGAAAGAUGGUCAGAGUGUGGUCCACAGGGCCCAGAGAGGUGAGAAGCUUGUGGAGGUACCCUCUCCGGAGGAUUCCUUGACUUUGGAAUCUUCUUCACUCUUUUGGGGGAGAGAUAUCUACUAAGGACGAAGCUUCUAGUUCCCCUUUAAUUUUCCCCUUCCCUCCUGUCACACCAGUCCUCCACUGUAAGAGAGGUCUGUGUAGUCAAGCCUGUUCGAGGGGCCCUAACGGCUAGGCUAGCUGCCCCAGCUGCCAAUGAAGGGAUAGGAUCCUCCGACCUGAGGGUCUUUAAAGACUGAAGUUACCCAGAAUGGGAGCCGAGCUCAGAGGGGGUCGCUGAGGGCAGAGCGUGUCCCUGGACGCUAAAAGGAAAAAGCAAGAGGCCUCAUCGAACCUGUCCCAAGAAAUCCUGCCCUCCAGGCUGCAGCGGUACUAACCCUGGCGUACCCCGCCCUGCCUCUGCUCCGCCUCCCCCCUUCCUGAGCUCGGGUGGGGGAGGAGACUAGGGUUUGAGGAACUGGCGCUGGGUGCCGGGGCGAGGGGACUCAGACUUCCUGUCCCCGAGGCCGACGCGUGCGGCCGGACCCCUCCCCCGCCGGAGCCGGACGUCCCGGGCCGCCGCGUCCUCCUGCGGCUCAGGCUGGAUUAUGUCUCGGAUCGAAUCCCUCACGCGCGCGCGGAUCGACCGGAGCAAGGAGCUGGCGAUCAAGACCCGGGAAAAGGAGAAGAUGAAGGAAGCCAAGGAUGCCCGCUAUACCAACGGCCACCUCUUUACCACCAUCUCAGUCUCAGGCAUGACUAUGUGCUACGCCUGCAACAAGAGCAUCACAGCCAAGGAAGCCCUCAUCUGCCCAACCUGCAAUGUGACUAUCCACAACCGCUGUAAAGACACCCUGGCCAACUGUACCAAGGUCAAGCAGAAGCAACAGAAAGCUGCACUGCUGAAGAACAACACUGCCUUGCAAUCUGUUUCUCUUCGGAGUAAGACCACCACCAGAGAGCGGCCAACUUCUGCCAUCUACCCCUCUGAUAGCUUCCGGCAGUCCCUCCUAGGUUCUCGUCGGGGCCGCUCCUCCUUGUCUUUGGCCAAGAGUGUUUCCACCACCAACAUUGCUGGACAUUUCAAUGAUGAGUCUCCCCUGGGGCUGCGUCGGAUCCUCUCCCAGUCCACAGACUCCCUCAACAUGCGGAAUCGAACCCUGUCUGUGGAAUCCCUUAUUGAUGAAGGUGCAGAAGUGAUCUACAGUGAGCUGAUGAGUGACUUUGAGAUGGACGAGAAGGACUUUGCUGCAGAUUCGUGGAGCCUUGCCGUGGACAGCAGCUUCCUGCAGCAGCAUAAAAAGGAGGUGAUGAAACAGCAAGAUGUCAUCUAUGAGCUAAUCCAGACAGAGCUGCACCAUGUGAGGACCCUGAAGAUCAUGACCCGCCUCUUUCGCACUGGGAUGCUGGAAGAGUUGCAGCUGGAGCCAGGAGUAGUCCAGGGCCUGUUUCCCUGCGUGGAUGAGCUUAGUGACAUCCAUACACGCUUCCUCAGCCAGCUAUUAGAACGCCGGCGCCAGGCCCUAUGUCCAGGCAGCACCCGGAACUUUGUCAUCCAUCGUUUGGGUGACCUGCUCAUCAGCCAGUUCUCAGGUUCCAACGCGGAGCUGAUGCGCAAGACCUACUCAGAGUUCUGCAGCCGCCACACCAAGGCCUUAAAGCUCUAUAAGGAGUUGUACGCGCGAGACAAACGUUUCCAGCAGUUCAUCCGAAAAGUGACCCGCUCAGCUGUGUUGAAGCGUCAUGGGGUUCAGGAGUGCAUUCUGCUGGUAACUCAGCGGAUCACCAAAUAUCCAGUACUCAUCAACCGAAUCCUACAGCAUUCCCACGGGAUUGAAGAAGAGUGCCAAGAUCUGACAACAGCCCUAGGACUGGUGAAGGAGCUGCUGUCCAAUGUGGACCAGGAUGUGCACGAGCUCGAGAAAGGGGCCCGCCUGCAGGAGAUCUACAACCGAAUGGACCCUCGGGCCCAGACCCCCGUGCCUGGCAAAGGCCCCUUCGGCCGAGAGGAGCUUUUAAGGAGAAAACUUAUCCAUGAUGGCUGUCUGCUCUGGAAGACAGCCGCAGGACGCUUCAAAGAUGUGCUGCUCCUGCUGAUGACAGAUGUGCUAGUGUUUCUCCAGGAAAAGGACCAAAAGUACAUCUUUCCUGCCCUGGACAAGCCUUCGGUGGUGUCCUUGCAGAAUCUGAUUGUAAGAGACAUCGCCAACCAGGCGAAAGGGAUGUUUCUGAUCAGUGCCGGCCCGCCUGAGAUGUAUGAGGUGCACACAGCGUCCCGAGAUGACCGCAGUACCUGGAUCCGCGUCAUUCAGCAGAGCGUGCGCGUAUGCCCAUCCAGGGAGGACUUCCCUCUGAUUGAGACGGAGUUUGAGGCCUACCUCCGGAAGAUCAAGAUGGAACUGCAGCAGAAGGACCGCGCGCUGGUGGAGCUGCUGCAGGAGAAGGUCGGGCUGUUUGCCGAGAUGACCCAGUUCCAGGCAGAAGAAGAUGGUGUGGGUGGGAUGCCCCUGCCCACCGUGCCCAGGGGCCUCUUCCGCUCUGAGUCUCUGGAGUCUCCUCGGGGCGAGCGGCUGCUGAGAGAUGCCAUCCGUGAAGUGGAAGGACUCAAAGACCUGCUGGUGGGGCCUGGUGUGGACCUACUUUCGACUCCCCGAGAACCAGCCUUGCCCUUGGAAUCUGACAGUGGCAACACCAGUCCUGGGAUCACUGCCAAUGGAGAGGCCAGAACCUUCAAUGGCUCCAUUGAGCUCUGUAGAGCAGACUCAGAUUCCAGCCAGAAGGAUCGGAAUGGAAAUCAGUUGCGGUCACCCCAGGAGGAGGCCUUACAGCGAUUGGUCAAUCUUUAUGGACUUCUACAUGGCCUGCAGGCUGCUGUAGCCCAGCAGGACACUUUGAUGGAAGCCCGUAACCUUGAGGGCCCUGAACGGUGGGAAAAGCUCUCCCGAGCCAACUCUCGGGACGGUGAAGCUGGCCGGGCUGCGGUUUCCCCCGUGGCUCCUGAGAAGCAGGCUACAGAGCUGGCACUGCUGCAGCGGCAACACACCCUGCUUCAGGAAGAGCUGCGCCGAUGUCGGCGGCUCGGCGAAGAGCGGGCAACUGAAGCCGGCAGCCUGGAGGCCCGGCUCCGGGAGAGCGAACAAGCCCGGGCCCUGCUGGAGCGGGAGGCUGAAGAGGCCCGAAGACAGUUGGCUGCCUUGGGCCAAAACGAGCCACUCCCAGCAGAAGCCCCCUGGGCUCGCAGGCCUCUGGACCCUCGGCGCCGCAGCCUUCCAGCAGGCGAUGCUCUGUACUUGAGCUUCAAUCCUCCUCAGACCAGUCGAGGCCAUGACCGUCUGGAUUUGCCUGUGACUGUUCGUUCCCUCCCCCGACCCUUUGAUGACCGGGAGAGGCAGGAGCUUGGAAGCCCCGAGGAGAGGCUGCAGGACAGCAGUGACCCUGACACUGGCAGUGAAGAGGAAGGCAGUAGCCGCUUGUCUCCACCGCACAGCCCACGAGAAUUCACGAGAAUGCAGGACAUCCCGGAGGAGACAGAAAGCCGAGACGGCGAGCCUACAGCCUCAGAGAGCUAAGGGGACACUUCCGCCCUGCCUGAUGCCCCACUGAAGAACAUUAGUUAACGGGGCAAACCUUGGGGACUCCGUUCUGCCAAUAAUGAGGGAAUAGUUGAAAGAACUCCUGAUUGUCCUUGCCAGCUCCUGGGAUCCGUGGAUACCUGGGGCCCAUGUAGGAACCGGGGGAUUUAGAGGCCACAGUACCCUUGGUGGCAUCCAAGAGCUACACCACAGAUGCCAGUUUUUCAUGCCUUCUUCCCUCUACUUAGCAAAAAUUAUUUAUUUAUUGUUUAUUGGUUAUGGGGGAGAGUGAUUUAAAGGACCAGGGACACGGGAACCAAGCCAUAGGGAUUGCAGGGCCUCUCCUUUAACACCGCCGGGGGAUGUUUAGGCCUAACUCCUGCCCCAGUGACACCCAUUUGUGGCCACAGAGUCCACUGCCCCAUUAAGGAGGGGUGUAGGUAGGACCGUGUCCCUUUCCCCACUCCCCGUAGCCUCCUCCUGCUGGUCUUCCUUCUCUUCAUCCUCCAUGGAAAUCUGCCUCCUUGGAGUUGAUGAAGUAGAGGCUAGGGUAGCCAUAAUGUAUUGGGGUGGGAGAAGAAAAAUCCACAGGGACCAGAAUAUUUUUUUUGUUCAUUUUCUUUUUUUGUACCAAAGCCAACUGCACGUGUUUUAUAUUUUUAAAAGAAGAUUGUAGGCACUUCUAGCUCCAUGUCUUUGAACUUGAGGAAUUGGGGAGACUGACUUUCAUCUACAGUCAGGGGGCUCCUAUUCGGAAUUCUUCCUCAGCCAUUUGAAAGAAGCUCUAAGGUGGGUUGGGAAACCACUAGAACUUUCCCCUCACCUCCCACCAUGGCAACUACAGUUGAAAUGUAAGCAAGAAUUGAGGGGUUGGGGGAUUUCUUCAAUGCAACCCUAAUGCCCACCAGCGAUAGCCAUUUGUCUGCCAAUUUAAUUGUCAAAAAACAAAACAAGACAGAAACAAAGGAAGACAAAAGAAAAGAAGAAGAGCUCAAGCAGGGAAAAAUUAAAAACCUAAACCACGCGAGGUGCUGUCUCAAUGCCCAUUCUGAGGGUCGCAGUGCCUGCAGCCAAGCAGUGACUACUGUUUCUGUAAAGGGGCUGUCACUACCUCACAGAAGAGGGCACUAGCAAAUGAAGCUGCUCAAGCCCUUGUUAAAAUCUCAGAAUUACAAGGAUGAAAAUGAAGCGACACUCAGCCUCCAGUGGCUGUUAGAAAACUCUUUUGCAUCUUAUUUGUAUGCUCUGCUUGGAUAUCACAUCCAACUCUUGCCACUCCUCUAGUUCCUCGACCACCUCCCUUCCCUGUUGACCCCACCCCUCACCCCCUACAGGGGUUUUACUCCCACAGCUUCAGAGCUCAGGGCUGAGUUCUCACAGCAGCAGCCUGUUGAGGCCGUUUCUUGGAGAGGCAGUAACUGCUUUCAGUUCUUGGUUUGGGUUCAUUUCACUUCCUGUUUCUAGGCCCUACACUGGGGCUGUAGGCAGGGCUAGUGCCUGCACACUCCACUGCUGUGAGGUAGGGUGAAAUGCAGUGUCUCAGGACCCCAGCAGAAAAGGGGAAUUGAAAUUGCAUGGGCAGCAGGCUCUGUGGGGCUGCUGGCACUUCCCCUCCAUGAGCCUCUCGCCCUUAUGAUGCACUUGCUGUCCAAUCAUGGGACUCUUGGGCCAUAGGAAUUGUUUUACAUGUUUUCUUAUUUACUCUAGUAUUAUCUUUGAGACAAGGUCUUGCAGUGAAGCCCAGGCUGGCCUUGGCCUCACAGCAGCCCUCUUGCCUCAGCCUCCCAAAUGUUGGAAUUACAGGCAUGAGCCAUUGUGCCCUGCCUACAUUAUUAUUCUUUUACCCAGUGGGUGCAAAGAAAUUGCCAGGCUAAGAAGCCAGCCCUCAGUUCCUCUGCCUUACAAACAGCAGCACUUCAGUUUCAAGCAUGCCAGGUUCCGGGCAGCAACCGGGUUCUAGGAAGCAAUAAACAUCUGGAGCCCAAACAUGAAAAGGUCAGGUGGAGCCUGUGCUAGAGUCUGGAGAAAAGGAGCACAGUUUCCCAGCAUUUCCCGAGGGACCAAGACAAAAACCUGGGACCCGGGUCUGAGAAGCUGGGUUCCUUCUGCUGCCUUAUUACCAUAGCCCCACCCCAUCAUCAGCCCAGAGCCUUUCCCACCCUCCUUGUCCUUUGAUCUUCCCCUUCCCAAAUUCCACUUUCUGAACCUAAUGUCUUACAUUUUGUCCCCUCUGCUGCCAUUUCAAAGCCCUGUGACUGUGCUCUGGGAGGCAGGGUUCAGCUCCUUGCCUAAUCAUCCUGCACCCUUAGAGGAGGUGCCGAGCAUUCCAUCGUUCACGCUCUUUUCAUCUUCACGCUGCCCCAUCAAAAGGAGGGCUACACACAGUUCCUUGAGUUGGUUUUGUCAAUAUUUCCCCCCUGAGGUUCUGUGAAGCCGAUGUCCCCCAAAACGGCAGUAUCUGGCCCUAGCCAGGCCAUCAGAGGUGCUGCUGGGGGCAGAGGGGAAAAUGCUUAGGUAGGGGAGGAGUGCCCACCUUCCUGGGUAGCUAGGAAUAGACCUGGCAUUUUGGAGCCAGUUUAAACAUCAUCAUAAAGCGGAAAUUAAACAUCAAGAGGCUAA